CCAAGUCAUGUCGACGGCUGCGUACUCGAAGCGCUUCAUCGGCGCGGCCUCGCUGCUGCUCUACGGAUACGCGGCGUACCCCAUCGCGGAGCCCACGAGCCCGCACUCGCUGCGUCUGGCUCAAGGUCUGGACGCCCACGAACUCGACCGCCAGGACCCGUUCGCAGUCAACGUGCGGAGAAUCGCGGCCCGGGUCGGUGUCAAGAACCCGGAGCGGAUCUCCAUCCGUGUCGGGGAGGAAUCUACCGGGGCCUCGAUGGGCGCCAACCUCACUGUCGGUCAGCGUGGGGCGUGCAUCGUUCUAACCAUGGAACUCUACGACGCGUUCUACGCGCCCUCCCACAUCCAGGACAAGUACGACCUCCCGAAGAGCGACGAGAUCGACUUCGUAUUGGCCCAUGAGAGCGCGCACAUCGCCAAGAACCACGCCAUGCUCACAGGCGCCUUCCUGCCGGCGUCGCUGGUCGGCAGCUGCUUCGCCAUACACAAGAUCCCCAACAAACUGGUCGCUGCCGUUAUCGGCGUGAUGGGAGUCAUUGGGGGCAACCUGUACCUGUCCUGGAGCUUGGAGCACGAGGCGGAUCAAGUGGCGGCACAGAGCGGAUUCGCGCGUGGAGGCAUCCACUGCUUCCAGCGGAAACUGUCCCGCAACUGUCAGAUGCGCUCGGCACUCAACACGUGGAUGAUCGACGAGAGGGGGAACUACCUGGGGGACACGACCCACCCGCUCUUGACGUCGCGGAUUGAAAGGCUCAAGCUUUUGGCCACUGCGGAGCCUAUUGAGCUCAUGGUCACCGCCGAUAUUGACGACGCUGAAGAGAACGUGUACUGA